AUGCUCCCGAUACGACGCGGCCUCGCCACGAUGCUGGGCCUCGAAGUCUUCGAGUCGUCGAGCGCGUCACUCUUUGGCGGCGAGAAAAAACUCUCAGUGAGGGACUUCGCGCUGCCGUCGGAAUACGCCAAUCGCAAUGUCGUGCUGCUCGCGCGGCCGAGCAACGCGCCCCUGCCCGACGCGCUACCGGCCGGUGCGGGCGGCUUCUCUGUGCUCGGCGUCGUCCAGUUGUCCGGCGGCACGGCACCCUAUGAGAAUCGACAAGCCUUCGAGUCGGACGUGUCGCGUCACCAAGUGCCGCCCGGCAGCGAGGUUUACAGGAAGUACGCCGGCGAGAGCGGUGGCGCGUGGCCGGGGCCGCUGGGCGACGUCUACGCGUGGUCGAUUGAUUCUGCCGAGCCCAAACCCGAGUGGCAUGCGCGCUUCCAGGGCGGCGCGACGCCCGCCAUAACGCGGCGUCACAAGUCUUUCUUUACCGUCGAGAUGCCGUCGGGUGCGGACGGGCUCGGCGCUGCCAAGGUGGCGAGCACCAUCACGUACCCGGCCAAGCCGCCCGCUGGCCGUCACAGUGGCCGGCUGAUGGAACCGUCCAUCUGGCCGAGGAUCGCGCCAAUCUGGCCCUCCUCCACCCACUUUCCGCACCCCGUCGACUCGCUGCACGAAGAGGACGACACACGUUUGGUGGACGUGGAGGACGGCCGGACAUGCGCCGAGCCGCCGACCCUCGACUCGCACGGCUUCGAGCUCUGUCGCUCGCCGUGCGUCGCCACGGACCUUGACGACGCCGCGCAGCUUGAGGCGUACCUCGCGCAGACCGCGCGGCUCGUGCAGCGGGCGACACGGGCGGACCUCGUGGUGCCCUUCCACCACGCGCGCGACCGCUUCGGCAAGCGCGGAGGCGCCGUAGAGCGCGUGCACGGCGACUACACGGCCGCGUCCGGCCCUCAGAUGCUGCAGGAGCCUGGCGUCGAGGCGAUGUCGACGAUGCGCCGCGGGGCGAUUCUCAACGUGUGGCGCAACGUGUCGAGCGAGGCCGUGCGGAGCAAGCCUCUGGCGCUCUGCCACGUGGGCAGCGUCGCCCCGGACGACGGCGGCGAGGGCCGUGCGGAGCGGCGCAUGGGCAUGAACCUCUCGCUGCACUACUCGCCGGCGCACCGGUGGAGCUACUUCCCGCGCAUGACGCGCGACGAGGCCCUCGUCUUCUACACGUACGACGGCCGAGCCGACGAGCCGCGCUUCACCUUCCACGCGGCUUUCGACCCGCUGCCCGACACCGCGCCGGACGCGCCGCCGCGAGUGGCCAUGAUUGUCCGCUGCGCCGCCCUCUUUGAGACGUCGAGCGACACCGGUGGCAGUGCCACCCAGGAGUGGUCGGGCGAGAACGCGUUCGAAUUUUUACUCCGGAACUUCAACUGA